AUGACGCUGGCUCUUGAAGAUGACAGAAUCGAUUUGGCUAUGGCUAUGUUGAUUCAAUUCGAUGGCUAUUUGAGACCAUCCGAGUGCCUUUCCUUGACCACCGAUCAUGUAUGUUGGCCACAGGGCCGUCGCUAUUUGCACUGGGCUUUGAUCAUUGCUCCAUCCACUUUGCAGCAGACUACCAAGACGGGUCAGUCAGAUGACUCAAUCCUUUUAGGGGAUCGACCUCACAAUGGCUGGAUUAAAGAAUGUAUGAGACUUUUCAUGAAGACUGUGAAAUAUGAGCUGUUUCCUGGCCUGACCUUGUCUGGAUAUGAAACUUGGUGUCGUCAAGCCUGUUUGCGGUUGUCCUACAAGUGUUCAUGUGUCAUGCCUCAUAUCAUUCGACAUGCAGCUGCCAGCAAUGACAUGUAUCAUAGCAGGCGUUCCUUGGUGGAGAUUCAGAAACGUGGCCGAUGGGCUGCCAAACGAAGCGAUGGAGUGGUGCUGCGCGACUCAGAGGACCAGCUGCAGGCAUUUGUGGCAUUGGGCGGCGUGGAGAGGCGCUACCAACUCACCGCGCAGGAGAAGAUGAAUGAACAAGGGGAGCACCGCUUCUCUGUCAAGAGCAUGUCCCACGAGAGGACCCACUGGUACUGUGAGGGAUGCGAGAAGUGGUUGGAUUCUGCAGGGUCGCAAUACAGCAACAGCAUGGCCAAAUCCGCCAUUCAUCUGCACCACUGCCAUCAGUUGGAUCGUAAUCGCGCGGCUGGUGCUAUGGCCGGCCAAGCCCCUCUACCGGUCACAUCGAAGCCGAAAGUCUUCGAUGUGGUGAAGGGCCAGAACCUGGGCUGUCGGCUGAAGGUGAGCGCCACCGCGCCAAACGCUCCCAGGCGUCUACUGCAAGUCUACUGCCCCAUCCUUUCAGUGCUGCAGGUCUCGGAGUACGCUGCUGGCAUCUCGUCGGAUCGGUUGAAGGCCUUUGUGCGUGUGAUUCGCGCGGAUGACGAGGCGCAAGCUGAGCAAGAUAUGGCGCAGGUUUUCAUCUAA